AUGAUUUCAGUCAACAUGGCAUUCGACGAACUCAAAGAGAAGAUCACACCUGCGGAUGCGAGCCGCGAGACAUCACCAAACCGAGGUUCUUCAGUACCACAACUUGAGGCUAUACCAAAGCCAUGUAGACCACUCCGCCAAUGGCAGCAAGAACAGAAUAUCGAUCGCAACGCACAAAUAAAACUCACAAAACUUGUCCAUAUGCGCUACCAGCAUCCGAAUCUUGAUGAAAUAACCACAUUCCUUCGAGAUUUCGGUAUGAGCGUGGCGAAAAAGAUGGAUGGGAAGCGCUGGUACAAGGGCUACGGCGACGAUCAAUACGUCUACUAUGCGCAAGAAGGGGAGAAGGAGUUCCUCGGUGGAACAUUCGAAGUCGAAUCAUCCGCAGAAUUAGAGAAAGCUGCUACACUACCCAGCGCCUCGUCCAUCACUGAACUCACCGACGCCCCAGGCGGCGGUCACAUGGUCACACUGCACGACCCAGAAGGCUUCCCCAUCAACCUGAUCCAUGGACAGGAAAAAAAAACACCAGGUCCCUUCCCCGAAGUCCUCGCCACAAAUUACGAACACGAUAAGCCGCGAAAAGCAAGGUUCCAGCGCUUCAAGCCCGGUCCGGCGGCGGUACACAAGUUGGGUCAUUAUGGCUUGUGUGUCCAGAAUUUCCAGGCUGAAUUACAAUGGUAUACACGCACAUUCAAUAUCGUGCCCACAGACUUUCUCUAUGUCACGCUUCCCACUGGCGAGAAAAAGGACGUCGCCAUCUUCGCGCACAUCGAUAUUGGGCAGGCGUACACAGACCAUCAUACGAUUUUCUUCAGCACAAACAAAACAUCACAUGUGCACCAUUGUUCCUUUGAAGUGCACGACUUUGACACGCAGAGCUUAGGGCACGAGUGGCUGGCGAAGAAGGGGUACAAGAGCGUGUGGGGCGUUGGCAGACAUAUCCUGGGAAGUCAACUUUUUGACUAUUGGUGGGAUACGACAGGGAAUAUGAUCGAACAUUAUGCAGAUGGAGACUUGGUGAAUGAAGAUACACCGAUCGGGUGGGGCAAGGCGGGAGAUGAGAGUUUAGCUGUCUGGGGUCCUGAGGUACCGAAGUGGUUUCUUGAUUGA